AUGCGAUCUACAAUUCGUUCCCCUCGUUUUCCCCUCUUCAGUGCCGAGAUGAUACUCCGCAUUCCACCUAUGCACAUGUGGCACGUUUGCGCCGCCACCCGAAGCUGGCCUUCGGCAUAUGGUCCAUUGUUCGAAGCCCCAUUCCCGAUGUCUAAAACCCGUGAUCCGAUAAGCUACACCCGUGCCUGGGAGGGACUGUCAGCUGCUGGGAACUUUCAGCCGAAUGAAUUUGCCCAUCCGACGGGCCACCGAUGCAGUUCUUCCGUUGUCGUUCGGGCACUUCGGCACUGGCGUAACGUGGGUCGCGGCCGGGGUUGGGGGGGAACGGGGUCAGCCAGAAUCACCGAGAGCGUCAUAGGUCCCAGCCGAGCAGCCGGUCUAGGAAGUAAGGGGCAGUUAGCCUUGCACCUCACAAUACCACAUUUAGACUUUGCCCUUCGUUAUCACAGGAAAAUUUCUGCCUCAAUCGACAUGGCACCACCAGCAGAGUUUUGCCAGACGCCGGACAAGCCCUUCAAUGUGGCUGUUGUGGGUGGUGGUAUUGCGGGCUUGACCUUGACCCUUCAACUCCUCCAGAACAGAAUACCGACGACGCUAUACGAACAGGCGCCAAAGUUCGGUGAGAUCGGUGCAGGCGUGUCUUUCGGCCCCAACGCGCUAAGGGCUAUGUCCUUGAUCUCACCCCACGUGCGGCAAGCUUUCGAGAAUCAGGCAACACACAACGAAUCAGAAGACCACCAGGACGUAUGGUUCGACUUCAGGUACGGCCAGACUUGUAACGACAAGAACAAAGAGGGAGACCUGAUCUAUCGGCAAAAAUGUGAAACCGGUCAGACUGGUAUUCACAGGGCACACUUCUUGGACGAGUUGGUCAAAUUACUGCCCGACGGAGUUGCCGUAUUCGGCAAGAGGGCAGAAAAGUACGAGGAUGACGGGAAAAGCGUUCUGCUCACUUUCCAAGAUGGCACGACCGCUCGCCACGAUGCUGUCAUCGCCUGUGACGGUAUCAAGUCUAGAUUGAGGAGUUUGAUGCUCGGCGAGGAUCACCCGGCAUCCAAAGCUGUUUUCUCUGGAAAGUAUGCCUAUCGAGGUCUUAUCCCCAUGGAGGAGGCGGAGAAGCUUCUGGGCGAGGAAUUGGCAAAGAACGCCCAGAUGUACUUCGGCAGAAAUGGCCACAUCUUGACCUUUUCUGUCGCAAAGGGUAAAAUCAUGAACGUGGUGGCCUUCGCCAGUGCUAAGGAGUGGAAGUCGGACAAGUGGGUUGUCUCUGUAGAGAAGGAGGACAUGAUCCGCGACUUCGAAGGCUGGGGCGAGAAGUCCAGACAAAUUAUCCAGCUUAUGCAGAAGCCAGACGUAUGGGCACUAUUUGAGCACCCGCCCAGUCCGACGUACUUCGAGGGGCGACUCUGCCUACUGGGAGACGCCGCUCACGCAUCCACGCCUCACAAGGGAUCCGGCGCGGGCAUGGCGAUUGAAGAUGCUUACAUCCUCGGCAACCUGCUGGGCUCCAUCUCUGAUGCCAGUCAACUUGAGGCAGCUUUUUCGACGUAUGACAAGACGCGAAGAGAGAGAUCCCAGCAACUUGUCGUCGACAGCCACGAGACUGGUCAGCUGUACGACUUGGAGUUCAGCGAGGACUCUGAGUGGGUUGCCGACAAUCUGUCAAAGCGAAUGGAAUGGAUUUGGAAGUACGACUUGACUGAUGAGUUGGAGAGAGGGAAGAGAGAGUUGACGAAGGAAGGGUCUACUGAGACAAGGGCGCAGCUUUGA